AUGCGCCCGACAUUAUCUAUCUCUCGCCUGGGACGAUCAUUAGCCCGACCAUCAGUCUCUACCGUCCGACCUAUCACAGCUAUUCCGCGAUCCUUCUCAAGCUGUGCGCCCUCGUUCGACCGCGCGCCUCCGCGGGGAUGGACACCCACGCCCUUUGUGACAGAGACCGUGGGCGGUGGCUGGCACACCUAUGAUAUCUUCUCUCGACUUUUAAAGGAACGCAUCAUCUGCCUCAAUGGCGAAGUCGACGAGUCCAUGUCCGCCUCCAUCGUCGCCCAGCUCCUCUUCCUCGAAGCAGAUAAUCCCCAGAAACCAAUCCACCUCUACAUCAACUCGCCCGGUGGCUCCGUAACAGCAGGCCUCGCAAUCUACGACACAAUGACCUACAUCGCCUCCCCAGUCAGCACAAUCUGCGUCGGUCAAGCCGCCUCAAUGGGCUCCCUCCUCCUCUGCGGCGGCGAACCCGGCAAACGCUACUGUCUCCCCCACUCCUCAAUCAUGAUUCACCAACCUUCGGGCGGAUACUUCGGCCAAGCGACUGACAUUGCCAUCCACGCGAAAGAGAUCCUGCGCGUGCGCCACCAGCUUAACCAGAUCUAUCAGCGUCAUUUGACGGGGAAGAAGACAAUGACAUUGGACGAGAUUGAGAAGCUGAUGGAGCGGGAUUACUUCAUGGGCGCGCAGGAGGCGUUGGAGAUCGGUCUUGUUGAUGAGAUUUUGGAUCGUAGGGUAAAGGGUAAGGAGGAUGGUGGUGUCGGUGAGGGGAAGCCGCCUGUUGUCUAA